AUGCCUGAAAUAGGCAUGGACUGGCGCGGCAAUCUAGCCCCAGGCCUGGAAGGUGUGCGCCUUCUCGUCGUAACAUUGCUGGUGUGGGCCUACAAUAUCAGGGAGGAGGAGGAGAAGGAGUGGUCGCGUCUUGCAUACGACAUGUUGCAGGUUCUUCGUGUUUUGGCUCAACAAGCGGCGGGACAUAGCAACUCUACAGAGAACGCAACGGUUGACAGCGAUGAAGAUCUUGAUGAUGGAGAUACUCGACGGAAGAGGCCGUCCCGCAAGCUGAAGAAGAGCUCUAAGCGCAAGCUGCAAGAAUUGCAGAACAUAAUCGGGAUCUAG